AUGACUAUCACAAACAAGGACAAGCUGAUCAUCUUCGACACCACCCUCAGAGACGGAGAACAGUCUCCAGGAGUUACUCUUACAGUGAACGAAAAGAUCGAGAUUGCUAAGCAGCUCUCUCGCCUCGGAGUUGACAUCCUCGAGGCCGGAUUCCCCGUUGCCUCGCAGGGAGACUUUGAUGCCGUGCAGCGGAUCGCCAACGAGGUCGGUCCUCUCAUGGUUGGUCGUGAAGCCAUCGGCAAGCCCAUCACAAUCGCCGGCCUUGCCCGUGCCGUACCGGCCGAUAUUCAGCGCUGCUACGAUGCAAUCGCAAACGCACCCCUCAAGCGCAUCCACACCUUUCUCGCCACCUCCGACAUUCACCUCGAGCACAAGCUCAAAAUCACCCGUGACGAGUGCGUCAAGCGUGCCGUCGCAGCAGUAACCUUCGCAAGGACUCUCGUUACCGAUGUCGAGUUCUCGCCUGAGGAUGCAGGAAGGAGUGACCAGGACUUUCUGUGCACGGUCCUCUCGGCCGUCAUCGAGGCUGGUGCCACAACCCUCAACAUCCCCGACACUGUCGGCUACAAUAUGCCCGAGGAGUACGGCAGCAUGAUCAAGUACUUGAUCACUAACACCAAGGGAUCCGAUAAGGUCAUCUGGUCGGCUCAUUGCCAUAACGAUCUUGGACUCGCCACCGCCAACACCCUCUCUGGAAUUUGCAACGGAAUCCGCCAGGUCGAGGUCACGAUCAACGGUAUUGGCGAGCGUGCAGGCAACACUGCCAUGGAGGAGGUUGUCAUGGCUGUCCAUACCCACCCCGACUUUUUCCCCGUCUAUCACACCAUCAACACCACUCUCUUCUUCAGGAUCUCGCAGCUGGUAUCGUCCCUCUCUGGCAUGGUAGUACAGCCCAACAAGGCCAUUGUAGGAGCCAACGCUUUCUUGCACGAGUCCGGAAUUCACCAGGACGGGGUUUUGAAAAACAAGCAGACCUACGAGAUUAUCAGCCCCGAAACCGUUGGCGCCAACACUGCCAACCUGGUCCUCGGAAAGCACUCUGGACGAGCUGCCUUCCGCUCCCGUCUCCAGGAGCUCGGAUUCGGCGAGUUGACCGAGGAGGAGUUCCAGGUCGCCUUCAAUAGCUUCAAGACCUUGGCCGACAGCAAGAAGCGUGUGACCGAGCAGGAUCUCAUUGCCCUCUUGUCUGACCAGGUCUCGUCCUCGGCCGGCGAGAACACCACCUACACCAUCAAGUCACUCCAGGUUGUCUCAGGCACCUCCUUUGCCACUGCCACUGUCCAGUUGCAGAACACCCAGACUGGCGAUGUCUUGAUCGAUGCCGCCAUCGGGAAGUCUGGACCUAUUGAGGCCGUCUUCUUGGCCAUCCAGCGCUUGGUUGGCAAGAAGAUCCGUCUUCUCAAGUUUGACAUCACCGCCGUCGGUCAGGGUGUCGAUGCCCUGGGUCAGGUCUCUGUCAAGAUUGCCGAGGGCUCUGCCAGUGGUGCUUCUUCUGAUAACGAGGACUCUAUUACUGAGACCGAGAACAAGAAUGCUGGAUUGAACGAGGCAACGUACCACGGACACGGUGCCGACUCUGACAUUAUCCAGGCUGCCACCAAAGCCUACUUGAACGCCAUCAAUCGCCUUAUCGCAAACGAGAGCAAGCGUAUCCUGGGCGAGCGCAAGGUUGAUGUGUAA